UCCUUGGAGAAAUUCGCUAAUACGCUCCAAAAGUAUUGCCGUUUAACCCUUCCCUUUUAUUUUUAAUUUCUUUCUGCAUCUUUCCGUCUCUCGCAGCUCGCAAUCGAUCCAAGUCUGCGGUUGAUUCAAGGUGCCCGCGGAGUCUGCCGUCCUUGCCGCCAUUCGCCGCCACUCGCAGCUGGCCUGCUGUCACUGGAGCCUCAUCGUUCCUUCUAGCAGUUCGCUGCAACUCAACUCCGCAGUUCUGGUACUUGGAGUAUGUGAAGUGUGGAACAAUGGCAGAUUCAAGCCCAUGCAGCAGAGUCAGAUGCCAUCACUGUGCAGGCCCUCUUUCAAAGGAGAUGGAAACUAGUGAAUGGACUGUUGCUCCGCUUGUCAGGGAUAGCUUUUCUAUGAUUGGUUCUGCAGUUGGUGGAACAACAAGUGCAUUUUAUGGAUUCAAUAAAGUGAUGCCAAUAGUCCAGAGGUCAAUAAAAGGACCCAUGUGGUUGCAUUUCCUCAUUGGGGUAAGUUUCUUUUUUGAUAGAAUAUUUGUGUAAGUUUCUUCUCAAGCUAGAUAUCGUGGGUUGUCAGGCGGUGCUGUUCCAGCCCUUGCCCAGCUUUCUGCUUCUGCAUACCACGCAGCAGUUUCAUCCUCCUCAAAGACACCUUCACAGGAUGAUAAAAUGCACAAGUCCAGAACUUCGACUUUGUAAAGAUAUGACCUCUUUAUAUGUAAAUUUAUGGGAGAAGCACCUAAUUUUUAUAAGUUUUGAUACCAGAUAGUACAAAUUUUGUCUAUUCACGCCAGUUACUAAUAUAGCUUUUGACUGUAUAAUUAGUUUCCCUUUUGUUUAUUUCUUUCUGAUACAUUCUAAAUUUUGGGUUGGAUUUUAUGUAAGGCCGGAUGACUUUUUCCUUAUAAUGCAUGUAUGUUGAUCACUAAGCCAGGCAUGAUCCAAUGUGCAA